CAACGAAACUCGCACUCAUUCCAUCAUAAAACUUGUACAAAUUCGUGAUCUGACCAAUCUUCUCAACUUUCACUCACCCGUCAUGGAGUACACCGCAGAACAAACCCAGUUCCAAACAUGCCAAGCGAAUUUGCCGGAAGUCGUGGACACGAUGCAUCAAAGAAGAUCGGCCAAUUAUAAGCCUAACAUUUGGAAAUACGAUUUCCUCCAGUCGCUUAACAGCAAACACGACCACAAAGACGGAAUUAAAGAACGGGUGGAACGGCUCGUGGAGGAAGUAAAGCCAAUGUUAUCGGAAGAGGUCGAUUCACUCGCCAAGUUAGAGUUAAUUGACAGCAUGACAAAACUGGGGUUGUCCAACCUUUUUGAGAAUGAAAUAAAAGAAGCUCUUGAAACACUUGCAUCCAUCAACAACGGCGUUUUCACCAUGGAAGAUCAUCUCUAUGCCAGUGCACUUCGGUGUAGACUCCUUAGACAGCAUGGCCAUGUCGUUUCGCAAGAUGAAUUAAGGCUCUUCAAAGAAGGAAGCAACGCAUUCAACAUAAGCAAUUGCAAAGAUGUUGAAGCUAUGAUAGAGCUUCUUGAGGCUUCACAUCUGGCUUUGGAAGGCGAAAACAUUUUGGAUGAAGCGAAAGCCUUCUCAACUGGGAUUCUCCAAGAGAGAGUCUCCGGUUUGGACGGUCAGCUCUUGAAACGCGCCGUCCAUGGUUUGGAGCUUUCGAUGCACUGGAGGGUCCAGUGGUUUGACAUCAAAUCACAAAUCGACAUGCACGAGCAACAGGAGGACAAGCAAAGUAAUCUGCUUGAGCUUGCCAAGCUCAAUUUUAACACGGUUCAAGCCACACAUCAAAGAGAUCUUAGAGAGAUAUCCAGGUGGUGGAGGGAUCUGGGACUUAUCGAGCAUGUGGACUUCACGAGGGAUCGGCUGGUUGAGAGUUUCUUGUGUGCCCUUGGACUCUCUCAGGAACGACGGUUCAGCUCGCUUCGCAAAUCUCUCACCAAAGUCAUCAUCUUGAUACUGGUGAUCGACGAUGUCUACGACCUUUAUGGUUCAUUGGAGGAGCUAGAAUGCUUCACCGGCGCCAUUACCAGGUUGGCCACGAUGCCUCCCAAUCUCUUCCUUUUGUCUCUGUUGAGUUUAUUUUCGCUAACUGGAAAAUCUGAUGCUUCUAGAUGGGACUCGGAGCAGAUUCAACAGCUUCCCGAGUGCAUGAAGGUCUGUUUCCGAGCGCUUCAUGAUGUUAAUCACGAGAUCGCUUAUGAUAUUGGCAAGGAUGAAGAUUGGCAUCGAGUGCUACCACAUCUCACGAAAGGCUGGGCAGACUUUUGCAAAGCAUUACUUACUGAAGCAAAGUGGGACAAAUUGGGCUACACACCAUCGUUGGAAGAGUAUUUGAGCAAUGCAUGGACAUCAGCUUCAGGACCACUGAUCUUGUCUCACGCUUAUUUCUUUGUGGGACAUAUGAAAUUGGAGGAUGUAGCAGAUUUGCUAGAGAGAAACAAGGAUCUGAUUUACAAUGUGUCCAUGAUAAUUCGACUGUGCAACGACCUUGGAACGUCAACGGCUGAAAGAGACAGAGGAGAUGCUCCAUCAGCAGUGGCGUGUUACAUGCGGGAAGCGAAUGUUCCGGAAGAUGUCGCUAGGAAGCACAUCAAGGAAUUGAUAAACGGAGCAUGGAAAAGCAUUAAUGCUCAUUUCUUCGGCAAUGCCCAGACGCCGUCUGUCCGACCCUUCAUUGAUGUCACCGUGAACGCGGCUCGUGUUGCUCAUAUGCUUUACCAGUUUGGAGAUGGGUUUGGUGUCCAGGAUGGCGAUAUCCGGCGGCAAAUUCUAUCUGCAGUGGUCGAGCCUCUCGCUCUCGACUUAGAUAUUAGCACAAGUGUAAUCGCAUAGCAAGUCCGUAAGCUAGACUAGCUACUGCUAGUCAAAAGGUUGAGCACUAUACGCAAAUUGUAUUAUAAGCUGCAAAAUAAUUCACUUGGGUCUACAAUGGUCAAAUCUC